UACCUGGACCGGCCGGCGGCGCGGACGUCCCAGCCAACUGCCCCGCGGCGGCCGGCGGCCGGCAGUAAAAUGCUCACUGCGACUCGGCACUGGUGGUUAGUAGCACGAGAGACGUCGGUGUGAGGUGCAGUGUGGACGACUGGCAGACAGAGUUGAGGAGGUGGGGGAGAGUGGAUAACAGAGGAGAAUGGGGAAGCUGUAUGGAUUGGUGAACCUGGUGCUAGUGCUGUCAUGUGGUCUUUCCCUGGCGCCUGCACAGAUCAUUUUCGGCGGCGGCGGCUCGUUCAAGACUCCUCCACCGGCCACGACCCCGCCCCCUCCGGUUGUGACCUCUGACCUGGGGUCAGCGUGUCAAACGCCCGAGGGCAAACCCGGCCUCUGUGAACGGCUCAAUGGGUGCUCCCCUCUACUCCAACGGCUGAAGCUCAAGGACUACGCCCAUUUGAGGCGGUCCGUGUGUGGAAAAGAUGGCAAGCUGACGCUUGUGUGCUGCCCAGACAGAGCGCCCACUCCGCCUCCAGCACCCUCCGAGUGCGGCCUGACCCAGGUCGUGCCGCCGAGGAUUGUAGGCGGGGAGCCGGUGCGCGCACUGGGCUACUACCCCUGGAUGGUGGCUUUGGGCUACAACGGUCAGCCGCAGUUCAAGUGUGGAGGAGCGGUGAUUGGAAAGAGAUGGGUGCUUACCGCUGCGCACUGUCUUACACAUGACGGCCCAGUUUCAGCGCGAAUCGGGGAUCUGAACCUGGUCACCUCAACCGAUGACGACUUCAUCAAUCCGCCUCAGAAUAUCGACGUAGACCAAGAGUUCGGACACCCCGAGUUCAAACGGAGCUACAGGCCGCCUAAGGGGUUGAUCAACGAUGUCGCACUCAUCAAACUCAAGGAAGAUAUUCAGUAUUCAGAUAUUGUCCGGCCUAUCUGUCUGCCAACUCAUCGAAUGGCUGAUCAGAUGACUGGGAAGGCCGUUAUCGCUGGAUGGGGUCUCACCGAAUUCGCCGGCGUCGCCUCCAGCAUAAUGCAGCACGCCAGUGUCAACUUCACCGACGUGGAGACGUGUCGCACCAGCUAUGGCACGGUCAGCACCCGGGUGGACCCCAUGCAGCACACCUGCGCCAGCGGUAACGUCACCGACCGUACCCUGCCCGGCUGCUCACCCGGGGACGACCGGAUCGAAUGUCAGGGAGGCGUCGACGCCUGUGAGGGUGACAGCGGCGGCCCUCUGAUGACCUUUGAGCGCCUGGAGGGCGUAUCUCGGGUCACUGCUGUUGGAGUGGUGUCCUUUGCCGUCGGAUGUGGAAACCCGAAAUUUCCGGGAAUCUACACAAGAGUCGACAACUAUCUGGAUUGGAUGAAAGAUGUUAUGGAAGUUAACGGACAGUGACUUUAACCUUGUGGUGUUGCGUUGUACUAUUGUGUUUCUUUUUGUGUCUGUAUAAUCAAACAUGUACUUUGAGUAGUACAUAAGUAGUCGCUUCUGGUUGCCAAUUGCGAUUCGAUACAUUUUUGUGUAGUUAGGUUAAGGUAGCCUAACUUCACAAAUCGGAGCUCGAAUCGAAGGGCUACCGCAUGUGGAUGAGCGUGACAGCUAUGCCAAUAAAAGAUGCAUAUUCGCGUUGAUCAAAAUAGUUAUUGAGAGUUUAUGUAUAAAGUUUUGUUGGUGAGACUUGACUGGGACAGAUUCAAUCUGCUUUUCUUCAACAAAUGACAAUAAAGGGAUAAAUGAAACAUUUUCUGAUUCGUCGAAACCCUUUCGCGGCCUUUUUACAAUAUUUUCCCUGUAUCACACUGCCCAAGUUAAACAAAAUGAAAAGUGAUCUAUACCAGCAUGUGCAGGAUACGUAAAAAAAACUAUCAGUGUUUGUGCAUAGUCGAGUAGUUUCUAACCGUCUAACGUUUUUUUUU